AUGGACGCCAUGUUGAAGGGUCUCAAGGGUGUUCGCUGCUACGUAGAUGAUAUUUUCGUAACGGGGAAAACUACAGAGGACCACUUAGCCAAUCUCAAAGCGCUGCUAGAGCGUCUUCAAAGCCGAGGUGUCAGGGUAAAGAAAGAGAAGUGCUCGUUCUUCCGAAGCGAGCUUCACUACCUUGGUCACAAAAUCAGCGCUGAAGGCAUUGCCCCAUUGUCAGAUAAAGUGGACGCACUUCUUCAGGCACCAGAGCCGAAGUCAAAGAAGCAGCUUGAAUCUUUGUUGGGCGUUAUCAACUAUUACAGCAAGUUCGUGCCCCAGUUAGCUACGAUAGCUAAACAAUUUUACAGGCUUCUGCAGAAAAAGGAGUUCAAGCACUUCGUGCAGGCAAUAGUGGCACGGCACGUCCUCACAGCUCACUACCACCCCAGCUCCAAUGCGCUGGCAGAGCGUUUCAUUCAGACCUUAAAGGACGCCCUCCGCAAAGGCAGCACCGGAGAGACUCAUGCAGUGACGUUCAAGGAUGAUGAGGGCAAAAAGAAGAUGCUGGCGGCGGAGUCAUUCGACGUGAAAAUUCAUCACUGUAAGGUGGUUGAGGCCCAUGAUCAAGAUGUGCGGCUGAAAAUGUACUGGCUUCUCCACUGCGUGCCGGGCGAAGAUGUGCGAGUCGCCUUAAUGCCUUACGGAAAAGUGACCGAAGUAAGCAGAGUCAAGUGGAAGGUGCAGGGUUGCAAUGACAAAGGAUGA